AUGAAUGGCGUCCGCAGAUUCCUUGGAGGGACUGCAGUUCAGCUGCCUCAGCAACCUCCAGAGCAAGAAGUCCCUACGGCUCCACUAAUAAUCCCGCUGAAGGGUCCCUCGUGGCCUCCGCAAGCUGGCCCACAAUCACCCCCUGCCACGAGUUUGUCGGGAAGCCCCAAAACGUCCUCGGCAGCCCUUUUUCUGAGGAAGGAACGGAACAGAUCGCAGGCUAGCAUACCGAGCGAAGAUCUUCCUCGAACACCUCCCUUGGCAGGCUCCAGCAUCCCGACUUCUUCAUCGCCAUCACGUGUUCCCCCGCAGCGACGAUCCACGGCCUCUGAGAUCAAGCAGUCACCGCCGGUACUCAAUACGCGCGAUGAACUCCUUAUUAGUCUGCUGGCCAGCGAGGCCGUUGUGGACAGCAGGGGAUUUAACAUCUUGGGUGGAGAGGAAGUCGAGGAACUGAAGAAGGAACACCAAGUGUUGAGCUCUCGUCUGGUAGCCAUAGACAAGAAACUGGCGCUUGAGACCAAAAUGCGCGAUGCCGCCAUCUCACUUUCGAAGGUCAACUCCACGCAGAAGAAGACGUCGAAACAGACAGAUGAUCAGCUGGAUGCAGCAAAUACUCGUCUCGAGGCUGCCCAGAAGGAGCAACGGCGAAUAUCCGAGCGCGCAAAUGAGAUUCAUAAGAAACUUAUGGAGCACCGCGCGGCUGUUCUGAGUCUAUCUAUCCGUAGCAUGGAAAAGAAGGCAGCGCCUCAGCAGUUCAACGGUUCCUCCGAUUCGGGCUACGAUACUCCUGCACCGAUGAGCCCCACCACUUCUUCAAUGACUGGUGUCUCUUCGUCCUCGAAAUCCCGCGGAAGGUUCGACGGCGCACAUUACUUCGCUGGGCACGCAGAUGCUGUUGUGCCGAGACGUCGGCUAUCCCUUACGACUGCUGCCAGCGAGAUAUCCACAUUGGAGGACAAGCUCAAAGCGGCAACCGCUUCACUGAAUGCUGCGAGCAAGAAGCAGGCCGAGAUGGCUCGUGACUUGUCACUGCUACGGUUGGAAAAGCAAGAAGUGGAAAUGAAUAUGGGGCUCGAAUUGCAAGGUGCGGAGGAGACGAUAGCAUCUUUACAACAGGAACUUCCGACUAGGGAACAGCAGUUGAAAGAGUUGCUUUCGGAACGGGAGGCUUGGGUGCAGGAGAGAACAACACUUCAGAGUAACUCAAAGGAGGUGGAUGUCCUUCGUGCGAGACUGGCAGAGCUUGAGCUAAGGAGUGGCCAAGCCAAUUCGUCGGAGGCAGAAUCGAGAGAGGACAGCCGACGCCGGUUAGAAGAGAAAGAGGCUGAAAUCCAGCGGUUGAAAGCUCAAUGGGAGGAGGAACGAGCAAUGUGGGAGCGAGAUAAAGCUGCCAUGGAGGACGAGAAGAUGGAGGAUCUAGCUAGGCUGCAGGACGAGAUGGAGCGCAUGCGAGAGGAGGAUCGGACGUCGCUUCAGAAUGCAAACGAGGAACUCGAUGCCGGCCAUGCCGCUAUACGAGAGUUGAUGCAGAAACAUGGUGUUGUCCUAUACUCCCGUGACUCCUCAAUAUUGGGUCUUCUUCACAGCGUCGGCGUCCAUCUUGACGGCAUCCAGGCCAAACUCGAGGGGCACGACACGGCAAAGGAAGAGUGGGAGGCUUUGCGGCGCAAGCUUGAGGAGGAUGUGCGGAUAGGACUCGACAAACGAGAGUCCUUGGCGAGGGAGAUAGAAGAGGCAAGGAAAGAACGAGAGGAGGCCCGAAAGGAGAGCCGACAUCUAGAGGCGAAGUUGAAGGAUACACCGCCUAGUCCACAAGCUUCCCGUGGAAUAAUAUCUCCUGCUACCUCGACGUCGUCUCUUCCUGAUGUUCAGGGCGAGGCAGCCCGGAUGCUGUCAAUCCUAACACCCCUUUGGUCGAUCCUUCCUUCCGCUGAAGCUCGCGCUGCUCGCUUCUCCAACAACCGGAAUUUCCGUACUGGUUCACCGACGCCUGGUAGCCCGGUUGGCGGAACUGUUGCUUCCCUUUCUGACCUCGACGUUCGUUCGCUGAAGACGCUCUACGAUCCCAACACAGCCAACCCCAAUACCUCUCGAUCUGCAUUCUUCCCAGGUGGAACAAGCACAUUCACCAUUGAGGCCUUCGCGGCUCGUGUUCAGUCCCUUGUCGCAGAUGACCGUGCCUUGAUUGAACGGCUCCUUCGCUUUGCUCAAGCUCACGAUUUGCUCAAGAAGAAUGCUGAACGCGCCCAGAAACUUGCACAAGAGAGCAAUGUUGCCCUAGAAACUUAUCAAAAGCAAGUCAAGAUGCUUGAAGAUAGGACCAUCUUGCUUUCUACGCAGUAUGCUCAGAUGCAAGAGGAGGCACAGAAGCUGCAACAGGCUGUUGAGCGUAUCACUGCUGAGAAACUCGACAUUGAGACUCAGGCUGCAGAGCAAGCGGAGACUUGUCGACAACUCACCGACGCCAACAAUACCCUCAGUGCUAGAGCCUUGCACCUUGCAGAGGAAGCUGCAAAUGCCCCCGAGAUGGUCAAGCGACAAUUGGAAGCUCAACUAGCUGAAUGUAAGGCGACGCUGAAAGCUGCCGAGGAAGAAAUCGAGGCCAUGCGAACCUCGGAACAAUCUCAGCGUAUUGCACUCAUGGAUGAACUGAACUCCAUGCAGACUGAGAACAGCAAUCUUCGCGCGCAACUGCGAGCGGUCAAGAAAUAA